AGUUCUUCUCAGCAGGCCUUUUCGUAGUCGUUUUCCUCGUGAUCGUGAUGGUGAUUUAUGGAGGUGUUGUCUAAACAAGCUUAAUUUUCGCCUGUUUCAAAAUUUUUCGUUGCGGUACAAAGCGUGCAUUGAGGCGUAGCUGCGCCAAAAUCGAUAUAAUUGCGUUUGUCCCUGUUGACCACGCUUCAUUGCAUGCUAAAGAACUUCUUGAAAAAUAAACAUGUUGGUCCACUUACUACGCCUUCUUCUCCGCCGAACCGCGCUUCAUCUUCAAAUCCUGCUCUACCUUUCCGCGCUUCUCUCCAACCCUGUGCCUUCGACCCAGAAUGAUGCCACACCUACCCUUUUUCUCGUCGCCGCCGAGCGGAGGCGCAUGUUGCGCCGAGAACCCGUGCAGCUCCGGGACAUCUUCGAGCCGGCGGAAGAUGACGACGAGAGCCUUUUCGUGGGAAAAAAUAAAGCCAGUCCACCUUCAUUGUCCGCGAACCAUGAUGAGUCUGGUGAACAAAGAGCAGGUGGCCUCGCGGGACCAGAAAACUACCACGAUGAAAGGGCAAGAGAAACAAGUGGAGCUAGUAGGAAGACGAGCGCCACAGUGGUAAAUCGCAUCGAGCCCGAUCAUCAUGUCGACCGCGACACCAGGACGGCACCGUUCGCGGUCACAAGUGACGCAGAGUACUACAACCCCUCCGCGGCGCUGGCGGUCGGGGAAAAAAAGGAAACGGUCGCGACCAGCACGAGGGAGCAGGUAGAAGAACAAGAAUCUUUGCAGCGCACGAAGCGGAUUAGGAUCAAGGAAACAAGACGGGAUGACGAGAAGCAGCAAGGCGAAGACGGCGAAAAUAAAGAGAAGGCAACUCCUUCUACCGGGAAAACUACUUCCGCGACCUUCGAGCUCGUGAAAGAGUCCAGUCCCUUCGAGAUGUCGAAGGCCGACGGCAGCGUGGUGCCAUACGUUCUCCGGGCCGAACUGUAUGAGAACACGAAGACCGGGGAGGGAAGCCGCUACCCCUGCGUGCUCACGGAUUCCUUUCGUCUGAUCGGCUACAAAAUCGACGCGGAACAGUGCAAGAACGCCAAGAUGUAUCCGUGAAAAAAACUGUGUGAGCGUAACUUUGUAGCUAGGGCAGCAUAAGAAAUUCGUUUUGCAUUACAGAAACACCCUGUAAUGCGCAGCUAGUACGUGAAAACAGUAUGCAGCACGGCUAUGACGCACUUCCAGCAUGACAAGUGUAACUGUGUUGCAUUUUCUGCAUCAGUACAUAGUUUUUUUCCUGCAUAAGAUGCAAACGAGGUUUCAGGAGGGCCGGUUCGCGUCGGACUACUACAAAGCGUGCUACAUCGCAGUGCCGGAGUGGAAUACUUUCGCUAUCGACGAGGACGAAAUGGUCCGGGUGAAGUUGGCGUAUUGCGUUUUUUCCCUAUACCGAUCACGAAUGUUUUUUUCUCGUCGUCCGUACAAAAAAUUGGAAUAGACUUCAUUCACAUGAUCAUGAUGAAACAAUUUGUCAUGCGAGAAAGACCACGCAAGUUUUAUUUUUAGUUUGUGUUUGUAAUGCCGCGUUUCGCGCGGCGCUCGCGCUGGCGGUUUUGGUUUUCGCGUUCAACAACUACUUGUGGCAAGUACAUUUGUGCAAACUUUGUACUUAUCAAAUUUUCACUAUGACAGGGAGCCCCAAGUUAUGGAUGUGUCAGGAUUGAAAUCGACAAAGUUGAAAGAACUUGUAAUGCAUGAAAUCGAUACCAGUUGAAAGCCCAGUUUCCAAGUGGCGCAUGACAAAUUUCGGCACCGUCUAAAUCCAGUUUGUCAUGCUGUUUAGGGACAGAAGGCGUCUUUUGUCAUGCACUUCAGCAGCUCUAUCUCAGACCCCAAACUGGCUGACAGUCGGCCUCACUUGCCAUCCCUGCAAGAGAGGCACUUCAUGCCUUGCAAUUUAUGCAUGAGAAAUUAUUUCAACUUUGACGAUUUCGAUCCUGACACUCCCAUACAAGUGUUCGAAGCCGCGGCGGGGGCGAUCGUGAAGAUCGAGCCGGAAGAGGUUUCGGACCUAUAUCAUUUGUAAAAACGUCCCCACCCCAGAGUCAAGACGGGGAUUUUGCAACACAAACCUUAAAGUUUUGGGAGCCACGCAUGACAAGUUGCAGGCUGUAGUGUAAUGCAGUUUUUCAAGGGAAGCCGCAUAACAAAUCCAUCUCCUUAUCCUGUUCACAGCAUUACAAGUUCCAAAACACGACGGGGAAUGCCUCUCAUGGGGAUGCGCAUUACAAAUGCUCUUGUGCUUACAGAUCUGCAUGACGACUCUGUGGUGGCGGGGAUGUUUUUGCACAGGAUAACAUACCCGAGUCCGACAGCAUGAUACCGGAGCCGAGCACCGGCCUCGCCUUGGUCAUUUUUCUGCUGUUCGUCUGCUGUUGGUGUGGCAUGAUUGUGUGCUCCAUGAUGAUAUCAACUGCUAAUGUGUCUGGGUCUUCUACAAGGUCACAACUACAACUUGUGAUGCUGUCUUAGGAUUCUAAAAACAUUUGCAUUUUUGCAUGACCAGUAAGUAGAGGAGGUCCGACGUGGAGAGGGCAUUUAUGCUCAUGCGGAAUAGGCAACAUGAAGCUUUAGCUUUCCAGAAAUCCGUGAGGCUUCUAGUAGGCCAUGCAUUACAGGUUUCGCGGUUCAUGGAAAAUAUGCAUGACAAACCUGGCAAUCUAAAUCUUCCAGACCUAGACAUGUUUGCAGUGCAUAGAUGAUGCUCAAGUGCGUGUUGGAAAUGUUCGGAGUGAAUACCUAUCAAAAGUAAAAAUGUCUGGGUCUGGAAACUUGUGAUGCUGGGUGGCGUCUCAUGAUGAGGCUACAGAUGCUGGCUUAACAUGACAAUUUUCUGAGCUCCUAGGUGUUGCCUACUCUGCAUGACAAACUGCGCUUCUGCAUCACAGAAAAACGCAGCUCUUGGGUAACGUGCAUGACAGAUUUAAGAGUCAUGCCAGACAAGCAUGACAAACAUGAAUUCUUCCAGACCCAGACAUUUUUACAGUUGAUAAUACCAGCGUCGUCUUAUCAAAAGAACAAAUCCCCCUUUCAUAUCGAAAAUGCACCACAGGGAAAUUUGUUUUGCUGAUUUGUGUACGCAAAUGCCUCUGUAUUUUUGCAUACUUGGGAAGCAAGAGCGAAGCGACGCACUGGACAGGCCAUCUGUUGUAAUGCGUUUCAGCCUGGCUACAGCAGCAAGAACAUCUAUCAUACUAUUCGGUUAGACAUCUGGAAACCUAAACAGGCCUAGCAUGCGCCUCUGUUUCGGUUCUACUGCAAAACACAGCUGAUUUGUCGUGGCCACAAAUCAAUCUGCAGCACGGAUUUAUUAUCGUUUUGAUAUGUGGCGGGGGGAUUUAUUUUCUUCUUCAUACGUGUGGAAGGUGCUAGGCCAACUGAAAGCCGCGGCCUUGUCUCUCAAGGACACGCUCACUGCCAUGUUCCGUGGGAAAAAUAAACCAGGCCCAGCGGAGGACGGACGGGAGGUAGAAGAAGGAGACAUUGGGGCUGAAGACGGUGACAAGCCGAGUGAAGACGGGGAAGCGGAAAAGAACUCCGAUGACGAAGGGCAGGACGGUGCUGACGCAGGAGCUCUGAAGGAGGACCACGCUGACGAAGCAGGGGCCGCGGGCGAAGCGCCCGUGCAGCCGGGAGGACCUGCUAUCAUCAAGGGCGGGAAAAAAGGACUUGCACCAGGACAGCAGAAGUCACCACCGCAGCUCGGCGCGAUGCAUAAAGGGGAAAAGACCAGCGGAACUAUCCAUUCCGGGAAAGAAAGUAUCUUUUAGUACUGAAGCGACAUGCAUCCGCAUCGCGAACGCGAUCACAAAUUUUUGAUCUGCUUGUUCAGAGUUGAGAAAAUAGAUUUGCAAGGCUGAAAAAGGUAAAAACGCUUGCCAUGCAGUGUAUGUUGCUGCAACCCGCCGUCGCACGCAAGAACAGCAAAGGAUAAGUACUUUUCCCUCGGAUAGCCAAAACCGUGCAGAAAGGCGUGGUCGCAGGGGCCGCCGGCGGUUUGAAAGAAAGUGGAAAGGUGGUAAAGGGAGCAAAAGAUGCGAAAAGCACAACGAAGCCGGACGGCACGCAGCCGCUGCAACAACCUGCCGCCCAUCCCGGAGCUCCACCGGGAAAGCAGAUGAAAAUCCCAGCAGGAGCAGGCAAAGACGGUGAUCAUCCGGGAAAAAUGAAAGGCGCGUCCUCCUCCGGACAGCUGCACAAAGAGGCAGGAGGAAAACCCGCACUGCAACAGCCAGCGGGUAGCAAACCCGCCGGUGUUCUCGCGGGGAAGGACCAACAGCAGCCGUCGCUGCCCAAGGGGCCGAAGGGCACGGGAAUUACGCAAUCGCCGGCGGGCAAGAGUCCGUCCGGGGGACAAUCGCCGGCGGCGGGCAGGAGUACGAGUAGCAAGUCACCACCUGGAGGAGGAGGAGGUGGAGGCCCUCCUGCUGGAAGUGACCACAAGGGAGGCAAGAAGUCGCCGGAGAGCGCAAAUAUCAAGGGAACAUCAAAAUCUCCACCGCAGAUGAUGAAGUCCGGAGUUGGACCAACAAAACAGCCCGAAGCUCUUCUAGCGGCGAACAAGGGAACCACGGCAGGACCAGGGAAGGACGCCCUCGUCGGGAGUAGUGGUUUAGCACCAAAAGGAAAAAAUAGUGCCAAGUCUCCACCACAAAACACGGCGCAGCCCCUAUCGCAAGGAAAAAUCCCCCCUCCCCAUAUUGAAGAGGUAGGUUUUCGAAAAUUUGUGUUGCUGAUUUGAGGUCACAAAUCACGUUUGUGUUGCAAGAAGACAAGGGCAGCAGCUUCCGUCCCAUUAUGGAGGCGGUUUGUCAUGCUGUUGAGCCAACAUCACGGACGCUUUUCAUGCUAAGCGCCUAAGUCAAAGCCUCUCUACUCAGGCUUGAUAUGGGUCUGCAGUCCUCUCCAGCAAGACAAAUGCGAUUUGUGUACUCAAAUACAGCAACACAAAUUUCGCUUUCGAUAUGGGGAGGGGGGAUUUUUCCUCACAAUAGCCCCCGUCUAGUAGUCCGCCGGGUCGUCCGGGAAGUUUGGUGGGCAGCAAGCAAGACGGGAGUAAGAAAGGCAUGAAUAGCAACAGCAACAAUAAAGGAGCACCAGCUGGGCCAGGGGUCGGUAUUGUAGUACCGUCGCAGGAGCAGCCGCCUUCUGAACGGCAGUCUGCGACGAGCGCGCCACGAGGACCCCAAGCAGGAUCGCCUUCGCUUCCAACACGCGGUUCUUCGGCGGGCGAAAUGAAAGGGAAACAACAACAAAUAACACCAUCUUCUUCCAAGCCGGGAAGCAAAAGUGCAGCCGGUGCUGGAUCACCACCAGGGGGAGCACAACAACCAAAAGGAAGUAGUACAACUAAAAUGACCUCCGACAAAGACAAGAACAUGAUGAUGAACAAAGGCGGCGACAAGAUGAAAGGAGUAAAAACGGGUAAUAUUCAACCAGAUCUAGCCCCACCGCAAGAGGAAAGCGAGGUGGUGGUCAGGACCAAGCGGGCGAGUCACGAUCGGGUAGACAUGAAUCAAAAAGGUGUAGGACUCCUGAAUAAAGGAAAAGGAUUUCCACCGCCUCCGGAACCGGAAAGCGAAGUUGUGGUCGUAACGAGAAGAGCGAGUCACGGCCACUCCGGGGAGGGCGGUCCGAUGAAUCACCCACUGCCGACGCCGGGUAAUUUGGGCAAGGGAAUGAAAAAGAAGUGAGAAGACGCGAGCUUCGUCUUUUGCCAGGAUUUGCGUUUUGAGUUUGACUUUGAAUUUGAUGCAGAAUAGAAGAUGACAAGCUGAUUUUAUGGAUGUUUUGAAUUUGAUCAUGUAGGAUUUGAGGAGCUUCUGCGAGGCAUUGCUGAUGCCAAAAAUGUUGCAAAGCUAAAGACUGCCUUCAGGCGAUUUUUGGCGAAGAUGAUGAAAUGUAAGAUGAAAACCCUUCAACUGUAACCACUUUUCCUAUUCGAAGUACUCACCCCAAUGUACCAAGAUGAACUCAAAGAAACUAUUCCAAGAAGAAUGGCGGUCUUCAGCUGAUUUAUUUCAGGAAUCAUUCGUCGGCAACGUCACGUUUAUUGAGACGGCGCAGUUCGUCUUCGUAAGUAACUGGAAA